UGUCAUCGUACGGCUCGCCCGGGCUGUGACUGUCAUUUCUCCCACCAGACCGACUGGCAGAGGUUGGGGGGAAAUCAUGAGAAGGGUCGCUUAACUCAUGGGACGAGGAAGGGGGUUGGGGUCACCGUGCAACUUGUUGGAUAAGACUUGAUGCUUCCAUGCAACCAGAAGAACAAGCGAGACCAAAUCUCAAGGAGACUGGGAUUAAUGAGGAGACCCAUAGAAGACUUGUGCGGUGAAGAAGUUACGCACUACCAGAAAAACGGUUACUUUAGAAUCAACCAUUAAGAGAACGCGAGGGAAAGGAGUUGGAGAAGCAGCUCCGUUACUUCCCAGAGACAAGUCGAGAGAGUUGCUGCUAAUGCAACAUGAUCUGGUGGGUCUUACCCUAAAAAUACCACCGUGCUGAAGAGUGGAAGCUAUCUCUGCUGCUUGAUUAGCUGCUGAUCAACAAUUCCUUGUUCUUCUUUGGACAAAACAGGUUAGAAAAUGCUUAGAAAACUUAGGAAGACUUAGUAACAUUGGAUACGCUACAAAGGAUUUUGAUUUCUUAUUCAUUCUCCAGAAGACUGAAUGGAUUAUUUGAUCUUUAAACAAUGUACGAAUAAUCUUAAAUGUGAUUUAUAUGUAAGGCCUGCGUGUAGACUUUGAUGCCCUGACUGGAUUUCAGUGUCAAAAAAUUCAAAAGGGCUUUUUUUUAGUCCCUUAGCCCAACUAGACAGAUUCGGAACCCUGUUUAGGGCCUACCAAAUUUGCUAAACCAUGAGAAAGGCAGAUGUUCAAAUGACCCUUAAAAAAGGGGCAGAUGAGUCAGUGCCCCCCCCAAGUCCCAUCAUCCCAAACAAACGGUCCAAAGCCAGCCCGGAGCAAGUCGGACAAGAACCUCGGCCCGGUCAUCCCACCCCGGCUCCACCGGUUUUCGUCCGCAAAAUGAGGAACGCUGCGGUGGGAACCGGCUGCGACAUCCGUCUCAAAGUGACUGUGGGUGGAGAUCCCCAGCCCUCGCUGUACUGGUACCAUAACGAAGACCUCCUGAACAUGGAGAACCAAGAGUACGGAGGGCUUUGGAUUAGGGACUGCAAAGCCAGCGAUGCCGGUCUCUACACCUGCAUCGCUAAUAAUCACCUGGGAGAGGCGCGGACGAGCGCCGUGUUGGCCGUCUUGGAUCUGGGCGAAGAUUCUGAAACAACUGAAGAUGAAGGUGGAGACCAAUUUGAGACCAAAGAAGAAGGUGGUGAUGCUGAGGACCAGAGUGUUCAGACAAUAAUGGACAAAGGUGCUGAGGAUAACAAUAAGACACAUGGACUUGAAGAUCACUCUAACAGGAGCCAAUCAGAAGAUUUUUCAAGAGAAUCUCCUCCACAAGUUCUCCCGCCACCAUCUCCGAGACGUGCAUCCGGCUCUCCAAUGCCAAGUCGCUCUGGUUCAACUACACCUCUCAGCUUGCGUAAGAAAACGGUUGUGCCAACUGAAUACCAAGACACAGUCCCAGGGGAGUUUGAAGAGAAGGUAAAGCAGUUCAAAGGUGCGUAUCAAGGUAACACCCAGGAUUCAAGACCACAAACUCCACUGAGUGAGUCCUCCCGGAAAGAAUUUACCUUCAGACCUUCUCCAAAGCUUACAAGAGCAAGCUCAAAAGUUUUUGAGAAAGUCCGGGGCUUAGAAGAACGGAGACGAAGCCUUGAUAUUCCGGAAGGUUCCAUCUCAGGACGGUCCUGGGCAGGGUUUAAUCGUGCUGGAUCUGUAGAUUCCGAUGAUGGUGGAAGUCGGUUGGGUAUCUCUAGAGAAAGUUCAAAGGAAGAUCUUAGGGAAGCUCUGAAAGAAGAUGCUGCUGAACGGAGGUCUAUGUUUCGACAGAGAGCUGCGUCUUUGGAGGACAAACCUCGCUACUCCCAAAAAGUUCAGGACAUUGAGAACAAGUUCACGGAGGAGCUACAACGCAUCAAGAAACUUGUCGGAAAACCUCAUCUAAAAAAAUCCUUUUCAACUGAACAACUCACCCUGAAGGCUAAGCAACGCCAGCCUUUUCGGAAAAUCGAACCGAUUCCUCCACAAGUUCUACAAAAGCUCCAAGAGAGGGAACGCGCGCAGUGGGAAAAAGAACAAAGAGAAAGAGAACUUAGUCAAGAAUCAAUGCAUCAACAACAGCACACACCACAAGAACGUCAUCAAUUCCAAUCCCAAAAGCCAACAACCACUGGCUCAUCAACUGUCACAGUUAGUAGACAUGGAGAGGUAGCAUCACCUCCAGAAUCAAUGCAGUUGUGUGACCUACCAGGCCAACGGUCCGUGAGAGAAUUAAGUAGAGUCAGUCCAGUUACAGAAAUAUUUCAGAGAUCAUCAUCACCAGCAUUGCUUCAACAACAGAGGGCAGAGUCACCAAGCAGAAAUCUCUCAGAAAUCACGUUACGCAAGGUUGAACGAAGGCCACCGAGUCCACUUGUUCAAAGGGUAUCCCGAAAACCAGAAUCCCCACACAUCCAAGAAUCACUUGUACAAAGCACACAGAAGGAUGAGACUUCAGGGAGAAAGACACCAAUAGAGCUAGCAUUAAGAAAGAUUGAAAACAGGCCUGAAAGUCCUCUUGUACAGAAAAGAGCUGGGACUAUACAAGAUCUUCACCCUCAAGCUCCUCCGAAACAGUCAAAGGUUACGUUGAGUACCCCAGAUGAUGUAAUGGAAGUGCAGGUGCCAAAACCAGCCUCUAAGAUAAAUGUCCCUACAAUUAUUGUUGAAGAUGAAAAAAUGGAAGAGGAUGUUCAUUUGAAAACAACUGAACGCCGGCACAUAAGCGCGAGUGCAAAAGAGGGACAGCAGCUCAAAACCAAAGGAAGGAAUCGUCGCCCCCGUCCCAUGUCUCCAGAAUGUGAUUCGUCUGACGAUUCCUACGUGUCUGCUGAGGAGGAUCCAAUGGAAGCUCCUGUGUUUGAAUUUACCCUCCAAGACAUUGUGUCAUCUGCUGGUGCAGAUGUGCAGCUGAAAAGUAUCAUAUCUGGAACACCGAUCCCAGAGGUUACCUGGACUAAAGACAACUCUCCAGUCACAGGCAUUGCCAAUUACAUAGUAAAAGUUGAAGGUGAACGACAUAGUCUGCUCAUCAAAUCAGCAAAAAUGAGCGAUAGUGGAAAAUAUUGUGUAACGGCAGUUAAUCAGGUGGGCAGAGCCUCCAGCAGUGCCACGGUUAUAAUUAAAGCAGAGUCUGUGCAAGAGCCAAAGGGAACCUUGGGACUGCCAAGGGAUAUCAGCAGCCCAAUCACAUCUGACGAAGAGUAUCUCAGUCCUUUGGAGGAGGCUAUGGACUUUGGAGUCCCAGAGCCAAAGAAAAGUAUUGAUACACGAUUCAGAAAACCUCCUUCAUUUCUGGUAACAAUGAGUGAUCAAGAUGUCAUUGAAGGACAAGAAGUCACCAUGUCUGUUCGAAUAAGUGGCCAACCCAAACCUAUGCUUUAUUGGCUGAGGGACAGAAUCACUGUUAAAACGGGCCAACGCCAUAUUGUACAUGAGACGGCAGAUGGUACCUUUGAAAUGACGAUCAAGUCAGCCUUACGGUCGGACUCUGGAGUGUACACUUGCAGGAUCAUUAAUGAGUAUGGAACCAAGCAGUGUGAGGGAAGGCUGAUGGUCAAAGCUGCCCCAGUGGAGCCAAGUUUAGCCGUCAUCCGUCCCGUCAAGGACAUCACAGCCAAGGCCGGAGAUACAGUUUUGUUUGAGUGUCACGUCAUCGGACCAAAGGACACUGAUGUCGACUGGCUCGCUGAUGGGAAACUGGUCCAGCCAGCGUUACUUAAUUGUAAGAUGCACUUUGAUGGAAGAAAAUGCAGGCUGCUGCUCAAUUCUGUACAUGAGGAUGACAGUGGGACGUACAUGUGCAAGAUCAGCACCGCAAAAGAGGAAGUAACAUCAUGCGGUAAACUCAAAGUGAUUCCUUCUUUGGAGCCUCUGUUCACUCGCAAGUUGGACGUUUUGGAGGUGAUAGAGGGGCGUAAUGCUCGAUUUGACUGCAAAGUCAGUGGUACACCACCGCCAAAGGUUAUCUGGUGUCACUUUGACCAGUCGCUCAUAGAAAGUGAAGACGUUCGUCUUCUUCAGGAGGGUGGUCGCCAUUCCCUUAUAAUCUCCCAUGUGACCAGUGAGGACGAGGGUUUCUACACUGUCACAGCCCGCAAUCCUCACGGUGAGGCCGAGAGCUCUGCUGAACUUUACAUACAAGAACCACGGCCAGCCAUCUCCUCCCAGAUGGCCAAGCUGGAGAAGAUGCCAUCCAUCCCAGAGGAGCCAGAAGUUCCGGAGAACGAGGUGGAGCGCUUCACCAUGCCUGAUUUCAUUAAACCCCUCUACGACUUGGACGUGAUCGAGGGGAAAGAGGCUGUGCUCAAAUGCAAAGUGGCCGGUUUGCCGUACCCAACAAUCACCUGGUUCCAUAAUGGCAAAAGGAUCGAAAGCACAGAAGACAGAAAGAUGACACAGUUUCGCGAUGUUCACAGCCUGGUCAUUCGCUCUGUGUGCCACGCCCAUGGUGGUGUCUACAAGAGUGUAAUCUCCAACAAAGUAGGAAAGGCCACCUGCUAUGCCCAUCUUUAUGUUACAGACAUCCUUCCUGACCCUCCCGAUGGCACCCCAGUGAUAGAGUCCAUCACUGGUAAAACCAUCACUCUCAGCUGGAAGAAGCCAAGAAGGCUGGACCCUUCCAUUGACCCUACCUCACUGAUGUACGCCAUCCAACAGCAAGCCUUAGGCUCCAUUCAGUGGAUUAUCAUCGCCUCUGGCCUGAAGGAGACCACCUACAACAUCACAACUCUUUCUAAGAACGUGCGCUACGCUUUUAGGGUCCUGACUAUCACGUCGAAGGCCUUCAGCAAGCCCUCACCCGCCACGGACCCUGUGCAGCUCCAGGACCGAGGUCCCUACCUUCAGGAAGCCCCAGUGAUUACUGACAAACCAGAAAUCGUGUAUGUGAUUGAAAACCAGUCAGUCACCAUCUCCGUCACUCUCAACCACGUCAAUGCUGCAAUCACCUGGAAAAGGAAAGGAGUGACCCUGGCCAAUAAGCCUGGCCUAUACGAGAUGACAAUGCCAGAUGACGACCAACACAUGCUGAAGUUGCUGAAAGUGAAGAGUGCCGACGUUGGAGAGAUGACGUUUGUGGCCUCCAAUGAAUAUGGGAGCGACAGCUGCACCUUCAGUGUGGAAAUGGCAGCUCCACCAACAUUUGAGACUAUUAUGGAGGACUUGGAUGUUUGUGCAGGGGAGACCCCUCGCUUUGCUGUGGUGGUGGAAGGCAAACCCAUCCCUGACAUCCUCUGGUUUAAGGGUGAUAUCCUGUUGUCGGAGAGCAGUCACUACACAUUUGUCUAUGAUGAUAAUGAAUGCUCCUUGGUGGUUCUAAACGCUCACUCAGAGGACUCCGGGGUGUACACCUGUACAGCUAGAAACUUGGCAGGAUCUGUGUCUUGUAAAGCUGAACUCACUGUUCAUGAAGCUAAACGUAAACAGGAUCCGAUGGAUGAUCAAGAAACUAUUCUACGGAAAAUGCGCAGACUCACCGACCACUAUGACAUCCACAAGGAAAUAGGAAGGGGUGCAUUUUCUUAUGUGAAACGCGUGACCCAAAAGGCAGACAAGACAGAGUAUGCUGCAAAGUUUAUCUCCAUGCGGGCCAAGAAAAAGGCAUCUGCUCUGAGAGAAAUGAACCUGCUCUCCAGGCUUGACCAUGAGAGAAUCCUUUACUUUCACGAUGCCUUUGAGAAAAAGAAUGCGGUCAUCAUCGUCACAGAAAUAUGCCAUGAGGAUCUUCUUGAUCGUUUCACCAGGAAAUCGACCGUAAUGGAGUCUGACGUACGUUCCUGUAUAAGACAACUCCUUGAGGGAAUGGACUACCUUCAUCAGCUAAACAUCAUACAUCUGGACAUUAAGCCUGAUAACAUCCUCAUGGCAGACCCCCAUAGCGAUCAAAUCAGAAUCUGUGACUUUGGCAAUGCAGUUGCCAUAACACCUGAUGAGGCUCAGUACUGCAAGUAUGGCACACCAGAAUUUGUUGCCCCAGAAAUCGUCAAUCAGACUCCCGUUUCCAAAGCAACAGACAUAUGGCCUGUAGGAGUUAUAACCCUGACAGGAAUUUCUCCUUUUGCUGGGGAGAAUGAUCGCAGUUCAGUGCUAAAUAUCAGGAACUAUAAUGUGGCAUUCGAAGAGAGUAUGUUUGCAGACCUAUGCAGAGAAGCUAAAGGAUUCAUCAUAAAGCUGCUGGUAGCAGACAGGCUGAGACCUGACACCCAGGAGGGUCUCAGACACCCUUGGUUCAAGAUACUUAGCAAAGGAAAGGCCAUAAGUACAGAUGCCCUGAAGAAGUUUGUGUCUCGCAGAAAAUGGCAGCGUUCGAUUAUCAGCUAUAAAUCAAAAAUGGUCAUGAGAUCCAUACCUGAGUUGCUGAAUGAUUCCUCUAGCCAUGUCUCAAUUGCAGUUCCAAGGCACCUCAAAGAAGGUUCCCCUUUGCCAUCCUCAUCCUCUGAUUCUGAUGAGGACAUUGAUGAACUUCCCUUUAUUCCAAUGCCACUUAACGUGGAAUUUUCUGGAUCAAGAAUGUCACUGAACGACAUUCAGACCAAUGAACAAGAAGCAGGAAAGCAGAAUGGAACAAGCGGAUGGUCUGGAUCACCUCCUCAAGCUGCAGAACCAAUGGAGAGCGACCUUAAAGAAUCAGACAAAGAAGGUAUUGAAGUAGGAGGUAAAAGCCACCUUCGGAAAAAGUCUUCCCAAGACAAUGACAAGGGAUCUUCAGAUGAAGAAGCUCCUGCAGAUUUGCCCCAAAAAUCAGAGCUGGUCAGAAAACCACUUAGAAGGGGUUCAAGCAUGGAAUCUGACAAAACAGAGGUAGGACGGCGAAGAGGAGAGCUAAGAAGAGGCGGUUCAGCAGAUAGUGCGUUAUUGCUCAAAAUUACACCCGAAGAAGAGACUGCAGAUGAAAACCCUCAGGAUAGUCGAAGAGUAUUGAAGAAAGCAGUUUCCAUGGAAUUGCCAAGAAGGAGCACCAGCCCAGGAACUGCUAAGAUGAGUCAAGAAGACUAUGCACUUAAAUUGGAACUGAUGAGACAGCGUCUUCUUCGCGGUGGCUCUGUGGAUAAUAAGAUGAGUGGACUGAGAGGACCCCUGCUGGAAACUUUAGGAAUGGGAGAUGAAAAGCGUGCAAUAUCUUCAGAUCGCUACCCACGAGUCACUCGUCUGGGUCCACCUCCACUUACCAGAGCUGCUUCUAGUGAGUUUCCAAAGGACGAUGUUCCUAAACCUAAAGUUUUACGUAAAAGUACCUCUUUCAGUCAGGGUGAUUCAGAACCAAUACCUUUACAUAGGCGGUCAGGAGCACCUCUGGAGAUUCCAGUGGCACAGGUAGAGGACAGAAGGCUCAAAGAAGCAAUAUCCAUGUCAUCUCUAACAGAACAAACCAAGCUAGACUCACGUCCAGUGACUCCCAGGGAACCUUCACCAAAACCACCAACUCCAGAGUCCGUUGUGCAAGAAAGUCCUACAAUAACAGAGGGCGAAGGAUUUAUCAUGGAGAGGGAUAUAAAGCUUGAUCAAAUUACAAAUGAAAAAAUGGAUGGGCUCACUACAGAUAGUAAUUUUGAUGAGAGAUCAAGCACAAGUGGAUUUUCAGAAAGGGAUAUGAGUAUCUCAGAGGAACCAAUAGCUGAAUCAGAGUAUAUUGGCCAGAGAAUUCCAACACCUCCUCUCAUGGCCCAAAGCUCUAAUAUUACAGAGGAAAUGGAAGUGGAAGAAGAAGCAGAUAAGUUACAAGGAGAAAAAUAUUUCAUGAAAGAAAAAGAGGAAAGAGUUGAUGAUAUUGUUAAAUCAAAUGUUACAGAAAAUGUAGUUACUGUAGAGGAUGAUGAACGGAUUGUAAAAUCCACUGAGAUGACCAUACCCCCAAGCUCUGUUAUGGUGAAACCAACGGAGGAAUUAAUUCAAACUCCCGGAAAAAUAGCAUCAACAUAUGUAACACCCUCCCUUCCUGCACGAGUUGUUCUUCCAGAUGGAAGGAUGUCAGCAUAUGCUAGUAUAAUGCAGACCAUAAUGGUCCCUGCAAUACAGCCUUUGAAUGAACAACCCUUAGGGCCCUCUACACCCAUUGAUGUCCCAGCCACCACAUCGCCUUCUGUAUCAGUUGAAUCAUCUUUACCAGUGAAAUUAUUGUCCGAUUUACCUGCUUCAAAGCCACUAAUUGUGUCAACCACAGAGCACCCUGCAGUGUACUCCAGAGUAGCAUCACCAGAAAUGAUCACAAAGGAACCCAGUCCACCAAAGGUACUUAUUCCACAGUCUACAUCCCAACAAGAACUCUCAACAGGAGCCGAUUUGGCUGAUAUUACCUCAGAAGAAGUGUUUGAGUCUCGCUUCAAAAAGCGUGAAUCUUCCCUCUCAAGAAGUUUGAAAUUUUUGUCACGGUCAAAGAAUGACGAUAAAUCCAUUGCGACAUCAUCAGACUCAACUGACCCUUCUGAAGAGAUAUAUAGACCUGGGCCAAUUGGUGCACCUGUGGAAUUGGCACCAAGGAGACUUGAGGAGAAAUCGAAAUCAGUCCAGGACCUUCGUGAAGCUCAGAAAGACCAGGGCUUCAUGAGAAGGCUCUCAAUGCGCUUAAAGAGAACUCCAUCAGCAGAGCGUAAGGAUGACACAUCAAAAGAAGAUGAUUCAGUUGCUUCAAGACAUAGACUUUCUUGGACUCUUGGAAGAAGAGGGUCUCAGGAGAAGAAAGACGUGGAGAUGAUGCGAGUGGAAGGCGGAAGUGAAAAUGAUGAGAAAGAGUUGAAGAAACCUAAUGAAUCACCAGUGUUAGCGAUGCGCAGAAAGAUUGAGUCAACAGUGGCUGGGAUCUCCACAAGAAUUCGUAGCUAUUCAGAGGAGAGGAAAGCUUCAGAGGACAAGGAAACCAAGAGGACACCUAUUCUUUCCAUGCUUCGUCGCUCAACAUCGGAAAGUCGAGCUAUGAAGGUGUCUAACAUUCCUCAGAACCAGCUGGCAUCUCAGGCCAGUAACGGUGCCUCAUCUGAAUCUCUUGAUUCCAUGUCCAGCCUAAAAUCAGAAACAUCAAAGGGCACAGAGGUUGAGCGGAGAUCCCGCUGGGAUAGAUGGGGCCUGACUAGAGGGAGGCGAGAUAAGACGGUGUCACAGCCUGACAUACCGACAGCCAUCUCCAGAGACAAUAGUUCCUUACGUUCACGGCAGUACGCCAAACUGGCCUCUGAUUUUCCUCCAGUUUUCCAUAUCAAGUUAAGAGAUCAUGUUCUACUAGAGGGAGACCCUGUGACACUCAGCUGUCUUCCAGCAGGCAGCCCCCAUCCUCACAUCACCUGGUUGAAAGAUAAGAAGCCCCUGGAGAUUGAUUCUAGGAUGAAUAUGAUUUCCUGCCCUGAUGGCCGACAGCUCCUGAUGAUCAUGCAGACCACCAAAAAGGAUGCAGGGGUCUACGAAUGUGUUGCUGUAAACCCCUUGGCCUCUGUGUCCAGCUCCUGCACAAUAUCUCUUGCUCGGUUGCCUAAUCGUCCUGGGACCCCUGAGAUUCCUCAGAAGUACAACAACACAGCAUUGGUGCUUUGGAGGCCCUCAGACACCAUGGCCCCCUGUACAUAUUCACUUGAGAGGAGAGCAGAAGGUGAAAACAAUUGGCUGAUUGUUGCCACUGGAGUCGCUGACUGUUACUACAAUGUAACAGACUUGCCAGCAGGGGGCCCCAUUAGGUUUAGGGUGUCUUGUGUCAACAAAGCUGGCCAGGGACCCUACAGCAACCUGUCAGAGGCAGUAAGUUUGGAUUCCUCAGAACCAGCUAAAUCCACUAAUGCUGUCGUGGUAAAGACUGUUCCUGCAACUGCUCCACCUCCCCCUGUGGUAAUGAUGUCAUCAAUGAAAGUGCCUCCCAUAAAACCAGCUCCUAGUAAAUCGACGACGGUGACAAGUGGCCAACUUGCCCCCCUCCAAACCUCUACCCCUGUCUCCUCUGUGGCUAAAUCUGCUUCUCCGAAAAGCAUCAAGCCAGCUGCACCAGCGAAUGCCAGUCAAACUGCUUUUACACAGCCAGUUAGCAAAACCUCUGCUGAACAGGCUCAGGCCGCCGCAGCCCCCCAAGCUGCAUCAACCAAAGCCAAGACCUCCAUUAGCAUUAGUGUGAGUAAACCCCAAGCAAAGCUGGCACCUCCACCUGUUGUUCUACCCAAACCUCAGAGUCCUGCACUUGCAUUCCCGACCAUUUCCAGGGAUCCCCCUUCACCCGUUCAGUCCCCUGCUCCUACCAUUGGGAAACCGAUUUCAUCUUUGCCAAUGUAUGUUCCUACCGCGACUGCUGUCACUCCCCCCUCUCAAGCGACCCCAACAGCUACAUCCACAACACCCUCAGCUACUACUGUGACCAUUUCGCCACCAGUUGUGGUGGUGCAGAGCUUGACACCAGUUGUGCAAGGAGGGGACAACCGCAGUACCCCGUCCGGACGGGCCACGCCAUCUGGACGGGUUACACCAUCGGGACGCAGGACGCCUCUGGGAAAGCUUGGAGAGGGAUCUCUGCGUCAGGGAGUUCCACAGAAACCGUACACAUUUAUGGAUGAGAAAGCAAGGGGUCGAUUUGGUGUAAUCAGGGAGUGCCGCGAAAAUGCAACGGGCAACCUCUUCAUGGCUAAGAUCGUUCCAUAUGAGGCAGACAACAAGCAGACAGUGCUUCAGGAAUAUGACAUCCUGAAGUCCCUUCAUCAUGACAGGAUCAUGGCUCUACACGAAGCCUAUGUCACACCACGCUACCUGGUACUGAUCUCUGAAUACUGCAGUGGGAAAGAGCUGCUCUACAGCCUCAUAGACAGGUUUCGCUACUCAGAGGAUGAUGUGGUGACUUACAUUGGGCAGAUCCUUCAGGGUCUGGACUACCUCCACACGCGCCGCAUCUUGCAUCUGGAUAUCAAGCCAGAAAACAUCAUAGUCACCAACAUGAAUCUCAUCAAGAUCAUUGACUUUGGAAGUGCCCAGACAUACAACCCCCUCUUCCUCAAGCAAUUCAGCCCUCCAAUUGGAACAUUAGAAUACAUGUCUCCAGAGAUGUUAAAAGGGGAUGUUGUGGGCCCUCCAGCGGACAUCUGGAGCGUGGGCGUGCUGACUUUCAUCAUGUUGAGCGGCAGGUCUCCUUUUGUGGAGAACACUUCACAGGAAACUGAAGCCAGGAUCCAGGCUGCAAAGUUUGACCUCUCUAAACUCUACCAGAACGUGUCCCAAAGUGCCUCUCUGUUCCUGAAAAAGAUCCUCUGUAGCUACCCUUGGGCCCGUCCAUCUAUCAAGGACUGCUUCAACAACUCGUGGCUUCAAGACGCAUACCUGAUGCGGCUCCGCAGACAGACCCUCACCUUUACAACGACCCGUCUCAAGGAGUUCUUGGUCGACCAGCAACGCGGUCGAGAGGAAGCGGCCACCAAGCACAAGGUCCUACUCCGGUCCUACCAGAGUUCGCCACAAACUCCCACCAGCCCCGUCACGCCAGUUGUGCCAGCACCACCCUCCACAUCCGUCACCCAGUGA